UUUCAAACACGAAGCAGCUUCUCUUUGUGCUAUGCUAACGAUUUGCUCCUGAUCAUUCUAAUCAUCAUGCUUGUGGAACAAACAAUAUUACAAUUUCUGGUUGCUAUGGUGAUGGCCUGCUUGAUUCCUUCUCUGUCAUACGCCGUCCAAGUCGAUUUCCACAAAGUGCCGCGUCGACAUCGUAAACUCCAUUCUCCUUUGAUCGAUGACGAACCCGAUGUCGAGCUCCGUCUAUCAAGGACAGCCGAUGCUGCUUCCGAUAACGUCGACAUCAUCGAUACGGGUGCAAAAUCAAUACCACGGCCUACGUCUGGGAUUGAUCCCAUACAUGAAGAUGGACUUGUAGGACGACUAAGGGGAAAUCAUCAUCGCCAUCAUCAUCGACAUCAUCAACAUCAACGACAACAAGACAAGUGGGAUCAGCUGAGAGACAAGAAAGUCCGUGACAAAGAAAGAACUUUAAAAUCCACGAGAACCGAUGAUUACAAUGAGACGAAGCUACUGAAGGAUGAUGACAACAUAGAGAAAGCUCAUCAACGAAUACGACACGGAGGCACAGGCCGCGGCAGACACGACAAGACAUCGGCACAGGAGAACAUAGAUUCGAUGGUCCAUCACAUACGGGGCAAGCGGGACGGGCCAGGUGCCCCACUACCCCCUUCUCAUUCUUUAGCCACCCAUCCGCCCCCACCGAUAAUGGAUGGCGACCCCCCAUGGAUGAGCGUGCCGCCCCCUAGCCACUUCCCCUACCAGUUUCCUCUCGGUCAGGUCGCGGAUAGUAACGGUGGUAAUCCCAAAACGCAAACUACCAGAAUGCCUACGACGUGUAGCACAGAUCAUUCGAGCGAUGAAAGUGGGUCUGCUGUGAGUCAUUUAUAUGGAACCACACGAUGGACUCUUUCACUUGUGAUUUUAUUAUCCCUUGCAAUUCACAUUUUAUUGUAAAUGACUGGAACUUAUCAACAAACACCCCCGACACGGACUAUCGAAUCCGACAUCGUAUUUAUGAGAUGUUCGGUGAGGAUAAUAAGCAUGUGAUAUACAUCAUGGUAAUACAAUCCGGGAGAGGGAUCUCGUUAAAGAUACAUCUUCAGAGGAAAUCGUUCCAGAGACGAGUAUCACACUCGCUGCAUGGAGAUGAUGUCUAUCGGGGUCCUUUCCGAGCGUACAUCUUUCUGAGAUUGACGUAUUUUCGUGAGAUAUUCCAUGGUACGUAGCAUGACUCUCCGGUACACAUUCGUUGAUUACGAUGCGGAGAAGAAACGGACAUGGUUUCACAAACACAUAUCUCCAUGGUUUCCUUAUUAUCACCCGAUGGCCUAUUUUCGUGUAACUCGUCGAUCUCAGCAAAUUCAAGGAGCCAAGUCUAAUUUCGAGAUUCGGGGUCGAUCCGAGCUGGGAUCGGUCAAGAUAAGCCAUGACAGAUUGUAUGCAAAUAGAGAUUCUUUACUUGUGAUGAAAUUCUACCAUCGUCAGAUUAUCCCCCAAAUAGGCUGCUUCCUUGGAUUUCGAUGUGUGGAAUCUCUUUCAAGAGUAUAAAGGUGACACGAAUAUCUUUGACCUUAUAAUCCUGCCAGAGGUUUCGAAGAAAUGUUUACAUUUUUGGCAACAGCAAUUGGACUGCUCGAAUCAUAGAGGGCGCUAUUACAGUUCUCAAGAGACAUGAAAGAGAGGUCCACCUCUAUGGAGAGAGUACCUCAAUUUCGAUCAGUAACGUCACUCAAGGUGUGAACGCCAUUGGGGUCCAUUAUUAUCAUCUACACUGAAAAAAAACUACUGUAAAAAAUACUCCAGUCGGUUUUGUGAGAAGACCACACUAAACAUCGAACACCAGUAGGUUCAACAACCAUUGGCGUUAUUCAUUUUGUAAUAUUGACACUAUGUUGGUGUUAUAUUCAAAUAUCAAGGUGUAACAUAGUGUUGGUACAGUAUUGCAUGAAAAGAGAGAUUCUUAACUCUCACAACACCGACUGUUGUUGCGUUAACAUCGUAGUCCUUACAUCUCCCAAAUGAGCGUUUCGAAGACCAUUUUGGUUCCCAAAUAAGAACAACAAUAACAACAACAAACGCCAGAGUUGAACUUCUUUUUAAUCAAAGGGAAUGUCUCUCAAGACAUGCAAGAAGUUUAUGUAUAUUCUGCAACUGUUUAGAGCAUCGUCUUUGAGAACUUUCGAAGCCAGUAGUCAACGAACAAGCUGAGAAGUUCAUUUCAUAUUUUGUUUUAAAAGAAAGUUAACAGAAUAAGUGUCACAUCACAAUUAUAUCUUGUAUAUGAGAGCAUUUUAUGUAUAAAUAAUGAACACUUGUUAGUUAUUGGAUUUCAUACUAGAACACAUACUUUUUCGAAACGUGUUACUUACAAAUUUCUUUCAUAGAUUCAAGUUUAAGGGGGAAAAAAUCAUUUUUUCUAUUUAUCGUAGAAGGCCUAAACACCCUUCGAAAAUUAGUAAAUGUAUAAUUUGUAACAUGUUAUUUUAGUCAUAAUUGGUAUCUUUAUUGUGCAUUUUCAUCACAAUCUGUAGUUAUAUUGUAUUUUCUUUAAUUGAAGAUUUGGAACUACACAGGGAGCUCCGGCCCGAGGAGCGGACCGGGGCUUCCUUGGUUAGAACUACACUUGCUCAUAUUAGUUAUUUUGUUGUGUUUUUUCGUUGCGUCGAGUUUACUCAGAUUAUACUGCAACUGAUUUUUAAAUUAUGAUAGUGAAAAUCACGAUCUUAGUCUCAUUAAAAAAUGAUCAUUCUGGACAAAGGGUUAAAAAUAAUAAGUGAAAAUUUAAACCAAUACAAUAGAUAUGAUUAUAUUCAACUCAAAUGGGCAUUCAGAAAUAGGUGGGGUUUUUUCAGUCUACUUUGAAUCUGUUUUGUCAGGUAAUAUUUCUGAAUGUAUGGUGGGAGGGGAUUCCUUACUGAUGGCUAACCUUCUGGAAAUUCCUAUCUCCAAGAUUUAU